AUGACCGGCCGGGUGUUUUGCAAUCGUUGCUUCCAGCCGCCCCACAGGACCUCACGCUUCAGCUUGACCAACUGCGGGCACGUGUACUGUGACCUCUGCCUCCACAAAGGUAAAAAGGAUGAAUGCUUGAUUUGUAAAGUUCCUUGUCAUACAAUUUUACUUUCAAAACAUACCGACUCCAGUAUCCAGGCAUUCUUUAUGGGCAUAGAUGGCCUGUGCACCAAGUACUCAAAGGAAGCCUCCCAGAUUUCAGAAUUUCAAGAAAAACACAGGAAGAGAUUGUUAGCCUUCUAUAGAGAAAAGAUCGCUCAGCUGGAAGAAUCGCUCAGGAGGGCGGUGCUGCAGAUAGAACAGCUACAAAGUAUGAGAUCAUCACAACAAUCAACUUUCAACCCAGUCAGAAAUCCUGUGUCCACAAAGCGAAAUGGACAUCUGCUCCUUCCAUCUAGUUCAUCGACCUUGGAAAGAAUGGAGUCCAUGGAAGUUGACGUUACUCCUUCCCCCAUGAGAAGACCUGAGGUAGCAGCUGGCCCUAUGAGAAUGUCUUUGAUCAGCCCACCUCAAGAUGGACGCAUGGGAAGCGUUUCUCACCGAGGCCCCCAGCACCCUGGACUAACACCAAGUCAAGCGAGCGUGUCAAAAACUCUCAGGAUCCCACCACUACAAAUCCCCUACAAGGGACCAUCACAAACACCACCACCACAGUUACAAGGUAGAGCUGCAAGAAAGGACACCCCCAGCCUCCGAGGCCCCCAGGCCGUGUCCUCCUUCCAGCCCCAAGCGAGGCGGCCGCCUAUCAGCAUCGCGGGCCUCCUGCAGAGGCAGCACUCAGGUGUUGGCCUGCGAGAGCCCACUCAGGUGGACCUAGGGAUGUGCCUGUGGACGAGUCAGCCACGGCCCCGCCCCUCACAGCUGCAUCUGGGGGGCAGGACAGCAUCAAUGAACCAAUCACACGGUGACGACACGAAGCUGCGACUGCAGAGCGCACUAAGGGGAGAGCGGCCUGGCCGGGCUUCGCCUGACCGAGGUCCUAAGGAGGCUCGGCGGUGGGGACAAGAGGCCCUGGCUGGGGUGGACCACCAGCAGGACACACAGCGAGGCAGGUGUGGAAACCUUACGGGACACGCAGGGCCCUCCUUCCUGACCUUGCACACUCUGGCCACACUCACCGCUUGCACCCUCCUGGAUGGCUCUAGGGACCCAGCUGUGCUCCUUCAGUCUGGAUACCACCUGCCACCCUCCCUGGCCAAAGCCACACUGUCACAGCCCUCUCAGGCAGUCAGAGCUGGGCCAGCAGGGGAGUGUGGCCUGAUGGGCAUGAGCAGUGACUCCCUGCCCCAGGGCGAGGGAAUCCCAGGUCUUCCCAGCCUGGACUAUGUCCAUAUUUACCGUAUCUACCAGUGA